GGUGCAUCCUGGGUUUUGUAGUUUAACCCUCGAUGACUGGCACCGUUUUGACGUCGCGACGUCUAUGAGGCAGACAAUUUUCUGCAGAGGGAAGACAUGAAAAUAGAGGCCAGCAGCAGUUGUUGAACUGAAAACAUGUCCAAGAAAAGGGGCAGGAAACGCAGCAGCGGAGAACUGAGCGACUCGCUCUCCCCCGACCCCAACAGCCUUCUGGGUAAGAGGAUCCAGCACAGCUGGAGGGAGAAGGGUGCUCUCACUAAGUGGAAAGGCACCGUGCUGGACCGGCUCAGCGUCAACCCGUCGCUCUUCAUGGUCAAAUACGAUGGCUUUGACUGUGUCUACGGCAUCGAGCUGUUUAAAGACGAGCGCGUGUCCAACCUGCAGGUGCUCACUGAGAAGAUUGUGAACAACAAGAUUAAGGUGCCUCAUGACCCAGAGGAGCUGGUGGGGAAAGCGGUAGAGCAUCUGUUUGAGAAAGAGGAUGGAGAAAAGAACGAGUGGAGAGGGAUGGUGCUGUCUCGUGCCCCCAUCAUGACUAACUGGUAUUACAUCACCUACGAGAAGGACCCAGUGCUGUACAUGUACCAGCUGUGGGACGACUACAAGGAAGGCGACCUCCGCAUUUUACCUGAAGCAGAGAACAAGCACCUGCUGCCUGCUGACAGGAAGCCUGGCGAGGAGACAGAGAGCCUUGUGGGUAAGCAGGUUGAAUAUGUUACUGACAAAGGAGUGAAGAGAACCGGGCUGGUCAUCUACCAAGUCCCCGCCAAGCCCUCCGUCUACUACAUCAAAUACGAUGACGAUUUCCACAUUCACGUGUACGACCUGGUCAAGACCACCUAAAAUAACGGGAAUGCGGCAUACGAAGACAAAACUCACCAUCACCUCUCCAUAGCGUAAUGUCGUCGCCUCUCAUUGUACUCUCUCUCCACUGUGUGUUGCUGUGGAGGGGUGGAAUGGCACAGAUGUUUAUGGUUUUGUUCAUUCGCGUGUGUCAUAUUCGUGGACGUCACAUCACCGACGCAAGAUUAGAGAACAAAGCUGAAAGCCUCUAUUAGGGAUUUUUUGCGCUGAGCGUGUUAACUGAAUGGUAAUUGUCUUCUAGUGGGUGUGGUGAAAAGGCAGUCAGUUACAGCGAUUCCUGAUUGGGGCUUUAACAGUUUAAAACGGGGAAGCAGGUGUAUCUAGAGAUACACAGUCUAUUUAUUGACAAUUAAUUAUUUUACUACGUUUUUGUGAUAGUCAUGAGCCAAUUAAAGAUGACAACAUUUUCUGACAAGACAGAAUAUUUAGAGUAAUGGAGAAUACUUACAGAAUGAGCCUUUUGUAAAAAUUAAGGCGACUAUUUAUUUUUGCUUCCUGUUAUUCUUUCAAAAAAUUUCUGUUGCAGUUCAUUAACUAUUCUGAGUGUAGCUCUUUUCAGUUGAGUCACAAUAUUUUUUGUCAUCUGCUACUAAUAAUGAGCCUGGAUCCAAGAUGGCUGAACUUCCCAUUUUAGAGCAGAAAACCUGCCAUCUGGGCACGUCCUUUGGAGAAAUAGGAGUUAAAAUCUGAAAUCGAGAAUCAAUGUGAUUAUAUGAAUCCACGCCAGGUGAAAUUUUAGUUUCUUUUAAAGUUUGGUUUUUUUUUUGAGAGGCAUAAAAUCUUCAGCACACAAAAUUGUCCAUAUUCUUUGUCCAAAAUUGCACACAAAAUUGUCCAUAUUAUUUGAUUCAGAACUUGCAGAAUAUGUUGUUGUACAUAUAUAUAUAUAUAUAUAUAUAUAUAUAUAUAUAUAUAUAUAUAUAUAUAUAUAUAUAUAUAUAUAUGAAAGUGAGAGACAUAAAAAGGAGGCUCUUCUGUUUUUUUCCUGCCUAAUAGACAAGAAUUAAUGGUUUGUUUGUUUGCUUUUUAAUAGCUCUACAUUACUACAAAUGGAGGUUAUGUUAAAGUGUGUUGAUUUAAAGUGUGUUCAUUUAAUUCAUCCAGUAACCAUAUAACAUUUAAAUUGUAUACUUACUUUUCUCUGUAGUCAGGUAGGAUCGUUAUGGGGUUGUCUACCUAAGUGACCCCACUUUAAUUUUACAUUUAAUUUAAAGCAAAUCUAUCCAGCAGGCUGGAUCUUAAGAAAAAAAAAAUCAGACCGAAAAAUGAUUUCGAAACUAAAAUGGAUUUCCUUUUAUUUCUUGAAUUGACAGGGUGUAUCAGGGGAUGACUGUAAUGAGGUAAUCUCUAAUAGUUGCCUUGUUGUUGAGUUGAAUGGCACUUUUUGCUCUUUUUCGACGCAGUUGAUCCGGAUAUAACGCACUGGGGUAAGAAUGUCAUUACGAGAAAAGUUUUCGUGAUAGAGGCUGAGUAAGUACUUCCGUACACAUCAGCACUGACUGGUAGUAUUUUGUGUGAGUCAUUCAGAAUAUUGGACUUGACAACGAAGUGACAUUAGAGUCGCAUCUCAUUAACGAAUUAACCGAGUUGCUACCAAACCAGCAUCAUAUAUUAUAAAUCUUGGUCUGUGUUCCAUUGUACAGAAUCCUACAGACCUCCAAGGCUUUUUUUUUUCCCCACUUGAGCUAAUAAAUUUAAUAACAUGGGAGCGGCCCUUAAGAUGGCGGCAAGAUGAAGCCAGUAAUACGACUGAUGUGCUCACUUGGAUGUAAUCCAGAUUUUUUUCAGUGUCAGUGACAAAGCACAUUAAGAUAGUCCUGUUUACAGCAGCAGAUCAGUGUUUGCUGUUAGCACUUGUGUUAUUGUAGUCAAAUUUUUCAUAAAAGGAUCCAAUUAAUGCUUAACAUUAUGUCCCAGCUGUAUAAUAGUGUAUACAGUAUCGUGGCUGCGUACUGUAUUUUGCUCAUGCAAAUUCUAUUAUUUUAAUAUUUUAAAAAUGGCAACUAUAGGAUUUCUGUAGUUAAUGCUUGGCAGAUCCAUAAAUGAAGCCAUUUCUUUUCUUUUGUGGCAUUGAUUAUUUAAAAUCCACACAAAAUUCCUACCAUUCAGAAACCAAAAGGAUAAAUUAAAAAAAAAAAAAUCACUCAGUUAAUUGACACCAGUGUUUCAUUAUGGAAGAUAUUUACCCAGCCUGUUUGUUUAUUCUCUUCGUCCCCCAUGAUAAAUGUACAGCUACUAGCAGCACAUAUAAUCAACACAUUCAUUUAGUAACUGCAUGUAAUUCAGAGACAGAAACAUUAAUAAUUAGAUCACUCACAAUGUUCUCCUCUGCAAAAUGGUUAAAAGGUGUAAUCUUAUAUGUACUUAAAUGUAUUUUUUGUAAAUAAUGCAUAUAUGCUUGAAAUGGUUGUUUAUUUGUUGCCAUUUUUGCUCAUAGCAGUCGCACUUUAUUUUAGCUUUAGUCUGCCUCAGUGAAAGAGAAUUGACCUAUUAAUUCAGGCGGAAUCAUUUUAUCUUUAAAGAGCAACUCCAGCAGGCUUUUUAUUCAAACUUGUUGUGGAGGAAGGGUUGACCAUUGACAGAUGCAUCAUUUUAUUCACUUCUUGAUGUGUAUUUUGGUCCAUUUGAAAGAUGAGUGUAUUUGCUCCCGCAGCAAAACUUUGGCUGGUCUGUAUAAAACAGCCUGUGUUGUGUUGCUUCUCUCAUCUUUCUUUUAGAAGUUAGAAGUGAAAAGCAUACCAGACUUUGGUAAAUGUUCAUUUUAAACCUGACACACUAAGCUAAUUUUGGCAGGCUAAUAAACGCAUUUGAUAUGUAUAUAGUGGUAAUGUACGUUCAUAAUAAUCUGAUGGUCCAAUGCAGACAAUUUGCACAAGAUGUUUAUUACAUAUAGUAACAAAGCAGCAAAAGGAAGCUCAGUGCUUUAAUAAAUGAAACAUGUUGCAGGUAGCAUGAAUUUAAAAGAUUGACCUGCACAAUAAAUAGUGAUUACAGCUCCAUUAUUGGAAGAAAUUAUGUGCUGGACUUUGAUUGAUGUUAUAUAUGUUUGACGGAGUUCUACUUGAGUGUUGAAGCGUACUUCUUCUGGAUUGAUUUAGUGCUUAGACCCCUAAAAGACAGUGUUAAGGAGUUCGGAAUCCGUGACCACAGUUUUUUUCCCGAAGACAAAAACAAUUAAGACGAGUAUAUCAGUUGCCUUGUAGUAUUUAUUUAUUAUUAUUAUUUUUUUUAAUACUUCUGAGGUACAAGAAAAAUUUUUUAAAUCCUACUGUUUUCUCCAGUUUCUCAUUUGCAGCCUACCACCACUAUCUGGUCCCUAGAAAUGAACAAAUAAUCAAAAUAAAAGAUAAUACAGUUGAAAUUUCUGUUAUUUAAAUGAAAUUUGCUGGAGUUGCUCUUUAAACUGAGUAAAACCACAGUGAAUGGGUAAAAGAUACGCUGAUGGCAAUCACCAAAGGAAAAAUUGAUUCUUCUCUCAUUUUGAGCUAGACUUCACAAUGUAGCUGUCGUAUCAUUAUAAACUAAGAUUAAAUUAUAAAAUGUGAGGCACCUUAAAUUUGAUUCUAAUUUUAAAAAAAAACAAAAAAAAACUUGCUAUCAAAUAUAUCUUUUCUGAAAUGGAUUGCUUUUUUUUUCCCCCUCCCAUUAUAGAACUUACAAGCACAGUAUGCCUUUAUGUAAGUUUGGUUGCAGCUCACUCUCUUACGACUUGGGAUUAAAAGUUAUAGUCAGAUUUCUCCCUUGUAGCAUUUGUUUAUGUUCCUGAUGAAAAUGUACAUUUACAAUUACAGACCAAAUGAUUAUUUAAUAGUUGUUUGAGGAGGCGAUUUAAAGGAUAACACGGGGGUGAAGGUCUGGCGGGCGUCUUGCUUGAGAUUCAUGGUCAGAACCUUCUUAAUGAAAAUGUGAGAGAGUCUCAGGCAUGGUUUUUCUCUCAAACCCGUGAUGUCGGAUAACUCCUAUUUUCAUCAAGCAUGUUUUAAAAGACGUUCAGAUCUGUUUAUUGAUAAAGAAAAAUCUUGUCGCAUAAAAUAUGACCCUGGUGUACAACUUACUUGCUGUAUAAUGUCAUUGAGAUGAAGUUUGACCGAGCUGUACAGUUUUAACCUCUUGUCGAUGUAAAUAAAGCUUCUUGGAUGUUUCCAUAUGCUUUAUAGUAUUCAGAAUUACAUUUGGGUGGAAAUAUCGUGUAUUCACCUGUACUCAUUUUAAAAGAUUGUACUAUACUUUAUUUCUGAUCUCCAUCAGUUUUGCUUGGACCGAAGGGGAAAUACUUGUCGAUGUCAAUCCUUAAGAGAUUUGAUUUAAGCACAUUAAUGAUGUAUACUCACUGUGCAUUUUCAGUUGCUUUCACCCUCGCUAAUUGUGAAUAAGUAAAUCUCUCUCUCGCUCCUCUGUAAAUGUGAUUUAUCGUACGCUCUGCAAGCUUCCAGUAAUCCCCAGCACCCCAGUUCUCUCUUUGAUAUGUGUUCCCGUUAGUUUGCUGCUUUUUGCCAAAGUUAUCUUUUCCUUAGGCAACGUUCACAAGUGUCAAAACUGUUCCUGUUGUCUGUGUAACGAUGCUAUAAUAAAAAAAAUAAAUAAAAGAGAUAUUUUUUGCACUGA